GGAAUGUGUAGUUGUAUAAAGCCCUUAAAACGACAUCCUAUACCAUAUUGUUUGUUUAUAGAUACACUAUAAACAUGUUAACAUCUUCUCUUUUAAUGACUUUGUGUUUAUAUAUUAGUGCCUUCGUGAUUUUGCCGUUCGCGGCAGGCCACAGGUCAGCUUUAAACCAUGGCCUUCCUUCUGGUGUAGACACACUUAAAUCGGCAUUUAUUGCCAACCCUAUACGCCCGCACGGUUCCUUCGUGACUGACAACGCGCGUAUGUCGUCUAAUGUGGAUGCCACUGCAACAUCCAGUGAGGUUGAGACUGUAACUAAAAAACAGCUCAUUUCCGAGAUUGCGCAAACCACUAACAUGACCCAAAAAGAUGUUGGAAUUGUAGUUGACGAGUUUCUAAAGUCGAUUGUAAAGCACCUGGGGGAGAACAAGGAGGUCUCCAUCGCCAAGUUCGGUUUAUUCCACAACUCACUUCGUGGCCCUCGUUUAAUGAAGAACUUGCAAACUGGUGAAAUGUACACCGCCAAGCCAGUUUACGUACCAAAUGUUCGUUUCUAUGAGGCUGUCAAGGCCGAGGUCAACCAGUCCUUGAAGCCGUCAUAUUGAUAUUGGGGUGGUUGGUUACCAGCCAUACGAGACA